AUGAACAAAGAACUUUAUGCUACUCAGCAACAAUUUGUAGUAAAUUAUCAUGGUUUUUCUAAACUUUCAUCAACUCUUAAUUCUUUAAUAUUUGAAGAAAUUGUUAAAAAAAUAAAAAAAGACACACCGGAUAUUGCUAUUUUACAGUUGAUGAAUUCUAAUUUAAUUAUCCAAUCAUCAACAAAUAAUGAAAUACUUAAUAUACCAUAUAAAAAUCUUUCACAUCAUAUUUAUUAUAAAAAUUUACAAAAUUUUUUUGGUAUAAUAGUUAUAGAUUCUAAUGAUUUACUAGUCAAAUGUUGUUAUAUCUUUUCAAUAAAUACAAACAUUCAUAAUCAUACAUUCCAUCAAAAAUUCAAUCAAAUAUUUCAAUUUGAUUGUUUACCAAGUACCCAACUAUUAAUUAAUGAAUGUCAACAAUUUUCAAUAUCUAUAGAACAUAUCCUAGAAACAAUAACGUUAUAUAAAAAUAAAAGUUUGUCCAAUACUGAUGAUAACAAUACUUUUUCAUUAUUAAGUAAAAAGAAGAAUGAUCAAUUACUAUUUUUUGAUGAGAAUAUUACUAAAUGUCAGAAGAGAAAGAUUUUUUCUCCUUUAUUUUUUGAUGGAAUGUCAAUUAAAAGGGCCUCCUUAGUCGAUGGAUUAUUAAUGAGUAAUAAUAGCUCACAAUUUAAUGACAAAUUAGUUACAUCAUCUCAUAAUGAAAAAACAAAAAUAUCUACUGAUAUAACAACAUCAAAUUCAACCUUUUGGAAUGUAUUAGAAGAUCCAAAUUUUAGAGAAUCUUUUAUGCAAUUUCUUACUGAUCAAUAUUGUCAAGAAAAUUUAUCAUUUUUUCUUAUUGUUAAACAAUAUCAAUCAACUGUUAAGGAUUGUAAAAGAUUUAUUUUAGGAUCACAAAUAAUAAAACGUUUUAUUUUGGAUAAUGCUGAUGAACAAAUAAAUAUUGAUAAUGUAUCACGUCAAAUAAUUAUUAAAACUGCCUCAAGAAAUGAAUAUCCAAAAGAUUUAUUUGAUCAGGCAUAUAUUCAAAUUGAGAAUAUGCUUAAAUUUGACUUGAUGCCACGUUUUGUAAAAAUUUUUAAUCAACCAAAAGUUGAAGAAACUAAUGAUAAGGAGAAUAGUUUAAGAAGAAAGUUGUCCUUUAAUGUUAUAAAGAAUAAAUUAUUGAAAAUCAAAUCUAAAAAUCCACUUUUUUCUUCAGUUACUGUCCCACAAAACAUUCAACAAACUUUGGGAAACGACCAAAAACAACCUUUGAUUAUUGGAACAUUUCGAAGAAGUUUUGUUAAACCAAGAUCAUCAAUUGGGUAUCUUUUUAGGAACACCACUUUAUCAAGAUCUCUUUAA